AUGACCACCUUAUCAUUCUCGCUCCUCCCGGGGGCAUUAUUACGGUUGCAUGAUGCCCUGACCUGUCUGGCGAAAUUUAGCGAUACUGUAUCAAUUGAGGCUGAAUAUGAUCUGCUUCGGCUGAGCACUCUCAACACAAGCAAAACGGCAUAUUCUGCAUUUGCAUUUGGAGCCAAUAGCUUCUUCGAAAGCUAUUCCUUUGGCAUAGUUAGAAAUGUGGGCAACUCUAGGUCCCUGCGCCCAAAUAAGUUUACUUGCCAAGUAUAUCUGAAAGCACUGCUCUCCGUAUUCAAAGGGAGAACAAGCGGCCGAGACAAAGAUACCGCAGUUGAACGUUGCGUUUUCGAGCUUCAGGAGGACUUGGAUGAGACCGAAUGUCGGCUCAUCAUCAAGAUGAUAUGCGGGCUUGGUGUCAUUAAGUCAUACAAGCUCACCUAUGAAUCUACAACAAUCCAACAUGCGGUAUUUGAUAGGUCAAAAGCUACCAAUGAAUGGAGUAUAGAGCCGAAGUUUCUGAAAGAGAUAACCGAUCACUUCAGUCCUUCGGCAGAGCAACUAGACAUCUAUUCAGAAAGCACCAAAGCUAUCUUUACAAGCUUUACGACUAAAAUUACUGAUGGAAAAGAGAUCCUCAGGCAACCGGUGCACACCUCAGUUGCCAUUGACAAGAAGGAUUUCGAAUAUUUCCUAGCUGAGGACAGUCUCCACGUUGCCAUCAGCUUAAAGGACUUCAAAGCAGUAAUAUCCCAUGCUGAAACUGCGCAGGUGAUGAUUGCUGCCCGAUACACUCGUCCUUGCCGGCCUUUGCAACUCGCUUAUGAAUUUGAGGGUGUAAAAUCGGAGUUCACCUUGAUGACAACCGGGGAAGCUGGUCCGGAAGAUAUUAGCUCUUCUCGACCGGUACCGCAACUAUCGGCCAGGCAAACACCGGCGCUGGCAAACACUACUAGUCAAGCGAAUAGCACAGCCAAUACAAGGCCGAUGCCUCCUCCUCCUCGCAACAGGCCCAUUCGUCCACUCACGGGGACUUCAACGCGAGGACCCGAGCCAAACACUCAGACAGCAUCCCAGCCGCCGCCGCCGUCGAUCCAAUUUGAUAGUCUUUUCGUCCCAGCGGACGAUGACAGGCAAUGGGAUGUACCCAACGAGGACGAGGAUGAAGCCGAAGAUAUCCUGGGUUGGGACGCAAGCGCUGAUCCGGAUAAUUUCGAUAGCAUUGGUCUCCGCCUACGAGAUACUGAGCCUAGCUUCAAGGGAGGCAAUGAGCAAAUGGACUUGAGUCAGGAGGCAGAAACGGGUAUUCCGCCAACACAGCGCAUGUCACAGCUGCACGGACUUGGCCUCUUCGACUGA